AUGGUCGAUCGAUACGGUCGAAAACUCGGUCUUUACGUCGGUGCCCUUUUCAUGUUCGCCGGUGCCCUCUUAGGAGGAUUUUGCCAUUCCGUCUCUCAACUUGUCGGUUCACGUAUCCUUUUAGGUAUCGGAACCGCUGCUGCCCAGGUCACUGCUGCUGCACUCGUCCCUGAGCUUGCUCAUCCUCGUAUUCGUCACUACGCUGGUGGUUUUUUGAACACCACCUACUACAUCGGGUCGAUCUUCUCCGCCUGGCUCACAUUCGACAUGGUGUACUACCCCGGUACCAGCUCCUGGUCAUGGCGUGUCCCUACCCUUGUCCAAGGUUUCGGUCCCCUUUUACUUGGUGCUGGAGCUUACUUCAUUCCUCAAUCCCCUCGAUGGCUCGUCAAAAAAGGUCGAGUUGAAGAAGCCCACAAGAUCCUGGCUACAUAUCAUGCCAAUGGUAAAAUGGAUGACGAACUAGUCCUUCUCGAAAUGCGAGAGAUCAAAGCUUCCGUCGAGCUCGAAAAAGUUUCUGAAGAAGCCUCUUGGCUCGUAUGGUUGCAUACCAGAGGUAACCUUCGACGAUUCUUCGUCAUCAUCAUCCUUGGUACUGCCACCCAAUGGGUCGGUAAUGGUGUCGUCCAAUACUACUUGGUACCAGUUCUAAAGACCGUCGGCGUCACUCGACCCGCUCAAACCACCGGUGUCAAUGGUGGUCUUGCAAUUUGGAAUUGGUCCAUCUCCAUGAGCGGUGCCUCUCUCGUCGAACGAUUCGGUAGACGACCUCUGUUCCUCACUUCCAUCAUCGGAAUGUUCGCUUCGUUCGGCAUGAUCCUCGGUCUCGCCGGAAAGUACAACAGCAAUCACCACUCUGCUACUGGUAUAGCUAUGAUUCCAUUCCUCUUCAUCUUCAUGGGAUUUUACUCCCUCGCCCUCACUCCUCUUCCUAUGCUUUACGUACCGGAAAUCUGUCCUCUGGCUUUACGAGCCAAAGCCGCCGCUCUACUCUUACUCGCCCAGAACUGCGCUCAAUCCUUCAAUCAAUUCGCCAACCCGGUAGCCCUCAGUGCGAUCAGCUGGAAAUACUAUGCAGUCUACGUCGGUGUGGAUCUCGUUUACAUCGCCUUGUUCUGGUACAUGAUCAGAGAGACUAAAGGUCUCACCACUGAAGCCCUCCCGCAUGCAUAUUCUCCAUCCCAGCUCAGCAAUGGAUGUGGGGAAGAGAGAGAUGCGACAUGUUCCGGAAAUAAGGGAAUUUUAAUGUCACUUCCUCUCUUCUCUUCUGCCUGUCGGCGCAAAGACAAGGCGUCUUUCAGUGUUACUCUUUCUUUCGUCACUUGCAAGCGGAACCCCUCUUCGUGA